GGCGGGCCCAGGUAGCAGGUUCGGCUGCGCCGGGGCAGAGCGUCGGAGGUAAAUAUUAGGGCGGUGGGUGUGGGGCGCUGGGGCUGGUCCAGCACGCUAGCUGGAGAGCCUGGGGAGAGGGUGACGCCCCGCCGCCGGAGGCAUUUUGACUUGCUGUCUUUUUACAGCAUGGACAGCAAAUUGCUAAGAACAUGCUUGGGGACUUCCAGUGCAUUUGUCUUCCACAGUUUUUCUACAAAUUUAGUAGUUCCCAUUUCUUUGAGUUAAUAUUUUGGAGUUAAUAUCACAAUGAGUUCAGGCUUAUGGAGCCAAGAAAAAGCUACUUCACCUUACUGGGAAGAGCGGAUUUUUUAUUUGCUUCUUCAAGAAUGCAGCGUCACAGACAAACAAACACAAAAACUCCUUAAAGUACCAAAGGGAAGUAUAGGACAGUACAUCCAAGAUCGUGCUGUGGGGCAUUCGAGGAUUCCUUCGGCAAAAGGCAAGAAAAAUCAGAUUGGAUUAAAGAUCCUAGAGCAACCACAUGCAGUGCUCUUUGUUGAUGACAAGGAUGUUGUAGAAAUAAAUGAAAAAUUCACGGAGUUACUUUUGGCAAUUACCAAUUGUGAAGAGAGGUUCAGCCUUUUUAAAAACAGAAACAGACUAAGUAAAGGCCUCCAAAUAGACGUGGGCUGCCCUGUGAAAGUGCAGCUGAGAUCUGGGGAAGAAAAGUUUCCUGGAGUUGUACGCUUCAGAGGGCCCUUAUUAGCAGAGAGGACAGUGUCGGGAAUAUUCUUUGGAGUAGAAUUACUGGAAGAAGGUCGUGGCCAAGGUUUCACUGAUGGAAUAUAUCAAGGGAAACAACUUUUCCAGUGUGAUGAAGAUUGUGGAGUAUUUGUUGCGUUGGACAAGCUAGAAAUCAUAGAAGAUGAUGACAAUGGACUGGAAAGUGAUUAUGCAGGUCCAGGGGACCCAAUGCAGGCUGAACUUCCACCUCUGGAAAUAAACUCCAGAGUUUCUUUGAAGCUUGGAGAAACUAUAGAAUCUGGAACAGUCAUAUUCUGUGAUGUUUUGCCAGGAAAAGAAAGCUUAGGAUAUUUUGUUGGUGUGGACAUGGAUAAUCCUAUUGGCAACUGGGAUGGAAGAUUUGAUGGGGUACAGCUUUGUAGUUUUGCAAGUGUUGAAAGUACAAUUCUCUUGCAUAUCAAUGAUAUCAUCCCAGAGAGUGUGACACAGGAAAGGAGGCCUCCCAAACUUGCCUUUACAUCAAGAGGUGUUGGGGACAAAGGUUCAUCCAGUCAUAAUAAACCAAAGGCUACAGGAUCUACCUCAGACCCUGGAAAUAGAAACAGAUCUGAAUUAUUUUAUACCUUAAAUGGGUCUUCUGUUGACUCACAACCACAAACCAAAUCAAAAAAUACAUGGUACAUUGAUGAAGUUGCUGAAGACCCUGCAAAAUCGCUUACAGAGAUAUCUCCAGACUUUGGACAUGCCUCACCACCACUGCAACCGCCUUCCAUCAACUCAUUAUCCAGCGAGAACAGAUUUCACUCUUUACCAUUCAAUCUGACAAAGAUGCCCAAUACCAAUGGAAGUAUUGGCCACAGUCCGCUUUCUCUGUCAGUUCAGUCUGUGAUGGGCGAGCUAAACAACACACCUGUCCAGGAGAGUCCACCCUUGGCCAUAUCAUCUGGUAACUCACAUGGUCUGGAAGUGGGCUCGCUGGCUGAAGUUAAAGAGAACCCUCCUUUCUAUGGGGUAAUCCGUUGGAUUGGUCAGCCACCGGGACUCAAUGAAGUACUAGCUGGACUGGAACUGGAAGAUGAAUGUGCGGGCUGUACAGACGGAACCUUCAGGGGCACUCGGUAUUUCACCUGUGCUCUGAAGAAGGCACUGUUUGUUAAACUGAAGAGCUGCAGGCCUGACUCUAGGUUCGCAUCACUGCAGCCAGUUUCCAAUCAGAUUGAACGCUGUAACUCUCUAGCAUUUGGAGGCUACUUAAGUGAAGUGGUAGAAGAAAAUACUCCACCAAAAAUGGAAAAAGAAGGUUUAGAGAUAAUGAUUGGAAAGAAGAAAGGUAUCCAGGGUCAUUACAAUUCUUGUUACUUAGACUCAACCUUAUUCUGCUUGUUUGCUUUUAGUUCUGUUCUGGAUACUGUGUUACUUAGACCUAAAGAAAAGAACGAUGUAGAAUAUUAUAGUGAAACUCAAGAGCUGCUGAGGACAGAAAUUGUUAAUCCUCUGAGAAUAUAUGGAUAUGUGUGUGCAACAAAGAUUAUGAAACUGAGGAAAAUACUUGAAAAAGUUGAGGCUGCAUCAGGAUUUACCUCUGAAGAAAAAGAUCCUGAAGAAUUCUUGAAUAUCCUAUUUCAUCAUAUUUUAAGGGUAGAACCAUUGUUAAAAAUAAGAUCAGCAGGUCAAAAAGUACAAGACUGUUACUUCUAUCAGAUUUUUAUGGAAAAAAAUGAGAAAGUUGGUGUUCCUACAAUUCAGCAAUUGUUAGAAUGGUCUUUUAUCAACAGUAACCUGAAAUUUGCAGAGGCACCAUCAUGUUUGAUUAUUCAGAUGCCUCGAUUUGGGAAAGACUUUAAACUAUUUAAAAAGAUUUUUCCUUCUCUGGAAUUAAAUAUCACAGAUUUACUUGAAGACACCCCAAGGCAGUGCCGGAUAUGUGGUGGGCUUGCAAUGUAUGAGUGUAGAGAAUGCUAUGAUGAUCCUGACAUCUCAGCUGGAAAAAUAAAGCAGUUUUGUAAAACCUGCAACACUCAAGUCCACCUUCAUCCCAAGCGACUGAAUCAUAAAUAUAACCCCGUGUCCCUUCCCAAAGAUUUACCUGACUGGGACUGGAGACAUGGCUGCAUCCCCUGUCAGAAAAUGGAAUUAUUUGCUGUUCUGUGUAUAGAAACAAGCCAUUAUGUUGCUUUUGUGAAGUAUGGGAAAGACGACUCUGCCUGGCUCUUCUUUGACAGCAUGGCUGAUCGAGAUGGUGGUCAGAAUGGCUUCAAUAUUCCUCAGGUUACCCCAUGCCCAGAAGUCGGAGAGUAUUUAAAAAUGUCUCUAGAAGACCUGCAUUCCUUGGACUCCAGAAGAAUUCAAGGCUGUGCACGAAGACUUCUUUGUGAUGCAUACAUGUGCAUGUACCAGAGUCCAACGAUGAGUCUGUACAAAUAAAUGGGGUCAUUUGGACAGGUGCAAGAACUGAACGCAAAAUUGUAAUGUUGCAUUUCACUGGAGCUGGCAGUUCUGUUCAGCAUCCAUUGCCGGCAAUGGAUGUCUUCACGGUGAUGAGCCUUCAGAAAAGGAUUCCUGUGUUUAAAAGCUGAUUGCUUUUGUGUUACUGAAGUAUUUAAUAAGAAGCAUUUUGCACUCUAGAAAGUAUGUUUGUGUUGGUUUUUUAAGAAGUCUAAAUGAAGUUAUUAAUACCAGAAGCUUUAAGUUAAGUGCAUUGAUCAUACAAUAUUUUUGGAAGCAUAAAAUUUUAAUUGUGACAGUUUAAAACCUCUUUUAGUCCAUUGAGAGUGUAAAUAAAUGUGUCUUCUUUAUAGACCAAGGAUACGAAAUCAUUUUUCCUUUGUAGCUAAUGGUUGCCUUGAGGAGGAAAUAUUUUGGUUUUAUUAAGAGUCUACUUUCAUGAAAUCCAGUUAUUAAAGUUGUACUGAGUUUGUUUUGUUAAUUCUUUUCUAUAUACUGCUGACUCCUGCAUGUCUGCAUUCUGCUGAGUUUCUAUGUUUCUGCAAUAGUGGUCAGGAAAGUACUUAAAUUCCUUUAAUGGUGUUGUUUUCUACUUUGUUCUGGUUUUGAGAUAAAUGAGUGAUUUUUGUCAUAAAGCGUCCAUUUUUUAUGUAAUUUUCUUGGGGGAUUAGAGUGUACAGCAAUUGAAGCUCUUCACAUUCAUAGUAAUAACUGUCAGCUGACAUUUUUUCUUAAGGCUCUCUAACUAUUUUAUGGAACAGGGCAAAGUGAACUUUACUAAAGGAUUGGGGUAAUAUAUUCCAACACAAAUUUAUUGUCCAUAAGACAAUACAUUUGGCAUAUAGAAUUGCUCAUCAAAAUUUCCCUGAAGAGAUGUGUUGGAUACCUCACCCUCUGCUAUUUUAAGGAGAUUGUCCAGAACUUCAGUUUGAUCAGUCAGUGCCCUGAGUAAAUCCAGUUUGAUUUCACUUGAGAGAAUGACAGUUAUAAAUCAGAUAUUUUAUUGAAAUGUUAUCAGCAGCUUUAUCCUCCUGAUUAAAUAAGAAAAUGGAUGUUUUCUUAGCUAAUACCCAUAGUGUGUGUCCAGACCACAGUGGAUGCUGUAGACUAGAAUAUAGAUUUUAAGUGUUAGUGCUGUGAGAUGUGCUGUGCAAUAUGUAUUAUCCAGGUAUUGUUCUGUGGUAUCGUCUUUCUGGAAUGACUUCCUAACCAUGCAGGAAGACAGAGAAGUUGUCAUAUGUGUUCAGCAUAUGACUUCAUAAAACACUUAAUGUUAAAAAAAAAAAGGAAAGAAUCUUUAUAGCCCUGCAAUUAUUUUUUUUAAGGGCAUGUUUACCCUUUGGUUCUAUCAUUCCAUUUUGCUAAUAUUUAUUAGCAUUGUAAAUCAUAAGGUACAAAAAUUCAUCUUGUAAGUUUUUCAUUUUUAAAAUGAAGAAGUACAGAAAUUUUUCACGGGGUUAUGCUAAAUGCCUGGGUGGGCUGGUGGGAUGGAUACUAGGUCAGGCUGGGAAGGAACCCUGGGCUGAGGGCCGGCCUGCCUCCACCCUUCAGUAAAUGAGAGGCUUGGGCUGCAGAGGGUCUGGGUCUCUUCUGGCCCUGACCAUCCACAAGUCCAAUCCCCCCUUCUUAAACAUGAGUUGAAUGAAUACAUAGAUGAAUGAGGUCAUCAGUAUGAUUUUAGAAGAUUUAUCUGGAGGAAUAAUUAGGAACCUGUAACUAGGUAAGACUGGAUUUAACAGUUAAAAAGAAAAGAGAUGAAAAGACACUUUGUUUUCUGUGAAAAUUAAGACAAAAUACAACUCAAGGAAGGUCUGUCCUGCCUGGCCUGUCAUAGCAGAAGACUUGAAGAAGACUUGUCUGGAUGAAGGCAUGGGGUCCCAUGGGGUGUAGGGCUCUUUUGGGUGGAAGGGGCCUCAUCCAGAAAUGAUUUCUAGGGACAGUUUCCUCAAGUAGCCCUUUAGGUCAUCUUUAUAUUCCCCAGGGGAGGGAGCACCCAAUGGAGGGCUGCCAUGCGGUGGUGCCUGCGGGGGGUUGGGCCCUUCCCUCGGCCUGGGUGGUCUGUGACCGGGCCCCCUUUUCCCUGCCCCAGCAAGCCCAGUGUGUCAGUGGGUGCGAGCAAGGCUGCGCUGCUGUGCCACCGGUGACCCAUGUACCUGUUUAACUGACUUUAGCCUUAAAUUUUCUUUAGUAUUUUCUGAUUGGCUUUUUAAAUGCUUUCAUUAUCCCUUUUUUCCAUCAUAUCUGCAGUAGAGAUGGCAACAUAGUCAAAUCAUCUAUUUGUAAUGUGGCUCAUGAUUCAUAGCUACAAAUAGAAAAUAGAAUAAGCUAUGUUCUCCCACCUCCAAAUAAAUACGUGUGUGUGUGUAUACAUGUGAAAGGAGAGAAAAAGAGAGAGGGAAGGGGGAGGGACAGGGAGAGAAGAGCAACCAUGUUAUAAUAUAGAAGCUAAAUGUGUUCAGUCCCUCACUCUCAGCUUUAUAAAGGAGUUUGACUCCAUCCACAAAAGAAUGUUUUGUAAGAGUGGGAAAACAUAUUGAAAACCAAGAGAAAAAGUAAUAAAACUCAAUAAAAUAGAGUUGUUACAGUCACUAAAGAGUACCUCCUUAGAAUAGUUUAGUAUUAUAGAAAUCACAUUUGCCAAAUGUUAUAGAUAAAUGGCUUCUUUCUAUCCCUUGGAUUAAUUAGCUUUUUCCACAGAAUUCAGGAACAAGGGAAGACAUGGUAAUCUUAUGCAACUUGUAUUGUCAUUCAAAUUACUGUUGCUUGAACGUGGCAGCUUCAUAAAUUCAGGCGUCGUGACCUUCCUUGGGUGGAUCUCAAUAUCCAGCUAGAUAAUUUUGUAUCUGCUUGAGUGGUCAUAACCUGAGGUACGAGCAGGGAGUAUGGCAUUAUGCCUUAGCUGGGUGACAGCCGACAAGUAUUUAUUGGACAUUAAUUACUAGGAUUGUGUCAGAAGGAAUAUGAGGCUUGGUCCCUGUUCUCAAACAACUUAUCACCUACUUCUAACAACAGGAUGUCUACUAAUGGUUGCUUAGCUUAGCUGUAAGGGUGCCAGGGCUCAGGGAAAGCUGUGAGCGAGUGUGGUGUAACAGAAGCUCGUAGAGGUCUAGGAGAUGAGAGCUGUGGUUCUCAGGCCUUUUCUGCUGCUUGCUUUGUCAACCUUACAUGACAUCUUGACUUCUUUGGACGUCAGUGUCCUCCUUUGUAUAACAAGAGGGUUGGAAUAUCAAAUUUUAUAGGAACCCCCCCCCCCAAAAUUCUGGGUCCUAGGCCAUACCUGCUGUCUCUAAUUCUUCAUGAAUGGGGCCUAGGAAAUUUGUUAGUGAAAAGCAGGUGAAACUGGUGAUCAGCCAGAUUUGAAAAACAUUGAAAUAAUAAAAAAUAUCCUUUUUUAUGUGAUUGUGUGAUCAUAUAAUGAUAAUUGUAUUAAUUGUUCUAUGUAAUUGUGAGUAAUUGGAUGUUUAUCAUAUUGUUUAUCUGUGUUUACAUAUGAAUUUAUGUAAGAAAAUGGAUUUUAGUAUAUGCCUCAACCCACUGUUUCCUAGAGGUUUUAGCAGUCUUUAGAACGCACGUAAGUCUUAAGAGGAUGUUCGAUGUUACUUACCUGGACAUUUGCCUUCCACUUUAUUUCUUUAGGGGAAAUUGAGGCUUUGGGAACCAAAGAAAUGGAAAAACAAAAUUAUUAUGCAAAAUUAAAGAAAAAAAUUAUUUCUUACUACCUGCUAUUUUAUGAUGAACAUUUUAACAUUAUAUGAGAAAAUACUUUUCUGGGGUAAUAGGUCUUCUUAUUAUAAGGAAAAUGUCCUUGUUUAAAUGAUGGACUGUAUGGCUUAUGAUGAAAAACAAGACCACCUUCUCCAGGGGUUGGUGAUGUUAACACACCUACCAUUCUCCUUCGAUGAAAAUAGUACUUGCAUUCACCAGGGCAGGUGGGGGGUGGCAGAGAACAGCACAUUGAAAUGGAAACUAGCGCGCAGAAGGGAGGGUGGAGGAGGAGAGCAGGCAGACCUCCUACAGCUUCUGUGGGGGCCUGGGCCCCCGGCAGUCAGGCUUUCUGUGUUCCUCAGGGGUAGGGGGUGGGGUCGGCGGGGGGCACUUGCUGGAGAGGAGCAUUUUAUUUUAGAGUGAGGCUUCCUGCGGGGAGUUACUUUGGACUUGUCUGUUCUCCUUUAGGAAGUCUUAUUGGAGGGAAAGAAAGAAAAAGAGACUCUUCAUCUUAUUCCAAAUCCUAAGGCAACUGAAGGGUCUCUGUUGAGUCAGAAAGCCGGGGUGAAAAGCUAGCCAGCAAAUAUGGCCAACGAUUGUAAAAAAGUGGAAAUGAGAUUCCCACUUUCUGAUCAUAGUAAAUAUCAGUACUUAUAUUCGUCACUCAACAUUUGAUUUUCUGCCCCUCUGUCUUGGCAUUUUGUUUGACCCAAUUCUGAAGUCUUUCAUUCCAUUACAGGUCAGAGGAAAGGCCAGUUGUGAGGAUUGUCCCUUCAAGCACCACAGCUUCUGAUACAAUUCUCUUGCACUUUUAAACAAUCCACUUUGAUUUUCAGUUUUUUCUAGAGAGAUUAUGUUGGAGACUCAACUGUUCUUGGUUUUAUUUUAUAAAUUGCCCUCUAGUACUGUGGAAUUUUACCUCCAGAAAGUCUUAAUAGCCUGUGAACAUUCAUUAUAAAACAAAUAAAAAACCCACUAGUAACUUCCCAGGGAAGUUGUGGUCAUUUCUUUUGAACUGGCAUAAAGGAGAACAUUUUGUACUGCAUUUCCCAUACCUGGUAUCUUGUUUAAUGUUUUUUUUUUUCUCUGAAGAACAUUAUAUAUUUAUGAAGACAUUCUUUAAAAAUAGCACCACACAAAAUAUCCCUUUACUAUCAGAUCGCUCUGAUUUAGCCUUAAUUUUGUUAAAUUUUCUAGAGAUGAAUGAAGUGCUGCUGUGGAAAGAAAUGUACUAUAUACUAUUUCUGUAUCAUUAAAAUUAAAUUUUUAUGGUU